AUGCAGGUGACGUGGCUCUCUGUGUUGUUGUCGCUUCCUGCGGCUACCCUCGCAUUUGUUGUCUUCCCCGAAGCCGAAGUCUUUCGCAGCCAGCUCGCAGAUGUUCCAGGCCUGUCGCCCAAGGCCCGCGUCAUACCCCAGACCAUUGGGACAGAGGACAGAAGCAUAGAGACUCCAACGUCCAGCGACACAGUGGAGGAGAUCAUUGCGGACGAAUGGGUCAAAAUCACGAAGCUAUCACCGAAGUCCGCUUUGCGAGUGACGGCCAUCGACGACGAUUCUGACGAUCAGCCCCUUCCGGUAGUCAUCUGGCAUGGACUCGGCGACUCAGCCAACGCGGAUGGGUUGAAAGAAGUGGCCGCAUUAGUGGAUGAAGUCCAUCCAGGCACAUAUACAUACAUGAUCACAGUAGGCGCCAACGCGGGCUCAGCGGACCGCCAGGCCUCCUUCUUCGGCAACGUUACACAACAGAUUGAUUCUGUGUGCCACGCGCUUACGAAGGACAACAUUCUGCGAACAGCUCCAGCGAUUGAUGCCCUCGGUUUCAGUCAGGGUGGCUUGUUCCUGCGUGGUUAUGUGGAGAGGUGUAACGCCCCCAAGGUCCGAUCUCUGAUCACCUUCGGAUCGCCACACAACGGAAUUGCAGAGUUCCAGAAGUGUUCGUCCCCGACAGACUGGAUAUGCCAGGGCGCCAAUGCACUCUUGAAGAGCAGCACCGUGUGGUCCGACUUCAUCCAAUCUCGCCUCGUCCCUGCACAAUAUUACCGUGACACAAAGGACUUUGAGAAUUACCUGCAACAUUCAAACUACCUGGCUGACAUCAACAACGAGCGAGCCCUCAAGAACGCCAGCUACGCGGACAACCUAUCUCAACUGGAACGCUUUGUCAUGAUUCUGUUCAACAACGACACAACCCUGAUCCCCAAGGAAAGCGCCUGGUUCGCCGAAUUCAACGAGACGGAAAAUUCUGUCACGCCACUUCAAAACCGACCUCUCUAUCGCGAGGAUUGGAUCGGCUUGAGACGGCUGGACAAGAAAGGUGGAUUGAAGACGGUCAAGUUGCCAGGUGAGCAUAUGCGGUUCAGUGAUAAGGAUUUAAAGAGACUGUUCAUGUCUUAUUUUGGCCCGGAGGGCAGACAAUUUGAGGAUUCGGUGGUGUUGAAAAGUGCUAACAUGGAGGAGGAGACGUUGAGAUUUCGGCAUUCUUUUGGCUUUUCAGAUGAUGAGUUGUAA